GUGUUGACACAAGCAGGACUGGACAGACCAGUCAGUGGGAAGUAUGCUGUGGUGUCCUGUCACGUUCACAGCUCUGGAGUAAGGCUAUAAGAUGCCCCGCUGCCCUGCAGAUCCAUCACUUCAUUGAACUUGGCUCACAGUAAGAAGCUGAAAUCAUGUCUAAGAUGGUUGUGGCCCAGCCGAGGCCCUUCAUCACAACCUCCAUAUCCAAUGAAUGGACCUCCGGCCUCUGUCAGUGCUUCCAAGACCUGCCCCAGUGUUGCUUGGCCUUCUGGUGUCCUCCUUGCUUCUACUGUAAGACGGCCAAAGAGGCCGGGGAGUGUGUGUGUUUACCUCUGCUGGAUGGUUGUGGAUGCAUCCCUCCUAUAGCCACAGCCGUCAGGGUGUCAGUACGCCAGCGAUAUGGCAUUGAGGGCACGGUUUGCAAUGACUGUGUGUACGCCUGCUGCUGCGGGCCCUGCAGCUGGUGCCAAAUAGCAAGAGAGAUCAAAACAAGGAGGAAUCCCAUGCUAUAGAUAAGAACAAUACGCUGCUGGAGCAUCAACACUAUCAACGUCAUCGCCACCAUCAGUGGUGUCUCUCCAUCAUUAGCGUUUUUUGGGAAUAAGAGGGGAGAAGUACACUGAUUUGUGAUCUAUUUAAGCACGUCUGCCUGUAUGGAAUGUACUAUAGCUGGUUAAAAAUCACCACAGGAGGGUCAUAAGAGUUGGAUCACUCAAUGACAGUAAGAUAAGAUAAGCAGGUACUUGAAAUUCGCGGGGAAACUAGUUGCCUUGAACCGUCUGAGUUCUACACAAGGUGAAACUUUACAGGUGAAGUUGUAUUAACACAGAGCGCUACGUUGAUACAGUAGACAAAUCAACUUUACAUUACUAGUAAAUACUAUAAAUAUAAAAGUUGCCUAAAAUAACCAUGUUAAGAAACAUAAGAAAUAUAAAACAUUAGGCUACAUAUUUCACUACUACAGAAAUGAUUUGUUAAUACAUACACAGAUUUGUUUUUUCUUUAUCACAGUAAAACCUAUGUAUAAUACAAUUUAAUUUGUUGGUUCCAGUGCAUCAUAAGUACACAAUACAUGUUUUUAACAAAUUGUGUUGCAAGGAGAAUUUCACUCAGUAGACUGAAUAAAUGAUUUCCAAUCUAUGAAUAAGCUGAGUCACAGUGUUUCCCUGCCCAGACCCGAUCAGUCCCCACCUGGGUCUCGGUCAUGGUGCAACAAUAAAUGUAGAUAAACAUGAACACUAAAUCAACCAUACGCAACUAAAACCCCGAUAACAGAAAUGCACACCCAACAUUAACAGAACACACUUUGACUGGGACCUCAGAACAUAUAUUUGUUCCUUCC